AUGGAACUGCCGCCGCCGCUGGUGCCGGGCCGCGCCGUACUCGACGCCAUCUGCGCCGACGAGGGCCUGCCCGUCAACGCCGUCCGCAUCUUCGUGGCCCUCGCAGCCUGCUGCGCAGUCGCGCCGCUCUACCACGUGCUGCCGUCGGCGCCGCUGCGUCACGUGGCCAACAUUGCGCUGGGCCUCGCCGUCGGCUGGUUUGUCUUUGAUUACAUGCUCGUGCACUCGGUGCUGGCGAUCGCGAUCACGUACAUGCUCAUGCUCGUGGCGCCUCGCGCGAUCGUUGGCCGCCUCGUGGGAGUCGUCUUGUUUGCCUACUUGAUCGGGUGCCACUACUACCGCGAGCACUACGAGCCCGACUUGGUCUGGGACUCUGCGCAAAUGGUGCUCACGAUGAAGCUCACGGGCCUUGCGCUGAGCUACAGCGACGGCGCGCUGCCGGACGAUAUCAAGACGCCGGCCAUGCUGCGCAACCAGCUGCGUGAGAUCCCAUCGCUGCUCGAGCUUCUCGGCUUCAUCUACUUUUUCCCAACGUUCCUCGUCGGUCCUGGUUUUGAGUUUCACGAGUACCUUGCGUGGGCGACGACCCAUCGCGUCGCGCCGUGGACCGUCCACGUCAAGAACCUGCUUUCGGCCAUCAUGUGCAUUGGUCUCUUCUUCGUCUCGGACAACUUUCCGAUCGAUGCGAUUGACGCGCCGACGUUCUACCCGGAGCUGCCGUUCGUCGCGCGCUGCCUCUUGCAGUGUCUCUCGGUCGCCCUGUACCGCUUCCGCUUUUACAUGGUCUGGUCGCUCGCCGAGCUCGGCGGCGCCUUGGCCGGCUACGGCUACUCGACCGAGCGCAACCAAUGGGACGGCUUGACGAACAACAACAUCCUCUUUGUGGAGCUCCCCGUCAACAUGCGCGUCGCAAUCAAUGGCUGGAACAUCAAGGUCGCGCUGUGGCUCAACACUUAUGUCUACCAGCGCGUGGCGCUGCGCAAGGGCAAGCCGACCGCGUUCUCGACGCUGGCGUCGUUCAUGGUCAGCGCCCUCUGGCACGGCCUCGCGCCGGGCUACUACAUUUUCUUCAUCAUGGGCGCCUUGUACAUUGAAGUCGCCAAGCACAUUCGCCGGCGCUACCGCCCGCUCUUCCACUACAGCGAAGACCGCAACGCGCAUCCGCACGCGGUCUUUCUCGAGUACUUUUCGCCCGCGAAGGCGCACCCGCUUGCGAUUGUGUACGAUCUCGGCGGCAUGGUGUGCACGUGGGUCGCCAUGCAAUAUGCUGGCAUUGCGUUUGAAAUUCUGGACCUGCCGCGCUGCGUGCGCAUCUGGAGCUCGUGGUACUUUGCACCGCCGGUCGUCGUCGUCGUCUUGCUGGCCUACUUUACUCUGACCACGCCGCGCCGCGCCGCCAAGGACAAGAAGACCGACUAG